AUGAAAGUUUAACGCAAGGAAGAAUCUAAUGGCAGAUGGAAAAGAGCCUCCCGUGAAGGCUGGAGGACAGACAGGAGCAGGAGAAGGCAUCCGGAGUAUAAAAUCUACAUCAUUAUUCAGAGCAGUCAACUUUGAACUCUAUGCUAAACCUAACAAAUUUAUAAUGGGAUUUGGUCUGGCUGCCCUCACCGGCUGUGUCGCGUACAUUGCCUAUAUCAACGCACAGAAAGAGAACCAGAAAGACAGUGACAUGUAUGAACAGUUCCGACUUGAUGGUACGACUAUCAUGAGGCCAAAAGCUUCCAAAUGGGACUGAGAGAUUAUAUAGACUCAAAACUCAAAAGUUUUAGCUGAGUGUGGAUGAAUGAACGGACACCAUUGUUUGGUAUGCGGCUGUGGGACUGAGCUGAUGGACUAGGAGAAUUCAAUGAGAUCCUAAGAGCAUUAGAAUCAAGUGCAAACAGACUAGAACAUCUGUGGUUGGUUGGAGUCCUGAAACCUAUAGUGAAUCUGUGUUACUUCAAGGUGCCUGCUGAUUCCAAUAUUUUGUUGGCAAUAUAAUAAUAAUAAUAAUAUUUAAUUUUUAUAUAGCGCUUAUCACAAAUGUCUCUAAGCGCUUUACAAAUAUACUAUUACCCCGGUCAUUGGAUGUGUGAAAUGCACAUGGUACAAAUGUAAUAAACACUUUUGUGGUUUAAACCAAAUUCUAAAGAAAUGAGUUAGUGGAAAUACUAGAGAUCAGGUAUG